AUGCGGCGCAUCUUCGCCCUCGUUGGCCUCCUGCUGCUAAGCAUGGGUCGGUGUAGAGUGAACGCGGAGGCUGCUGCGAAGGCCUGUGAAGCGGUCCGCACCGGUAGCAUGUCACGCAACGCUGCUGCUGCUGCCUACGGGGUCAACAAGACGUCGCUCUCGCGGCGGCUGAGCGACCUCACGGAGCGUGUGAGACAGCUCUUCAACGACGGUCGACCGAUCCCAUGGACCCCUGACAAGGGCCCGGGGAGGAGCUGGCUUGAGGGCUUCCUCGGACGGCACGAGCGCAUCGGCCUUCGACUCGCCCGUAUCUACGAGUCCAAGAGGGUGACCUCCGCGGAAGAUGAACGUCUGCACAAGUUCUACGACUUCUGGGGCUAGUUCCUCGACGAGCACCAGCCGGCGGCCGACCAUGUCUGGAACACGGACGAGUCAGGUGGCACCGUUCAAGGUACGCAGGGACAGCGGGUCGUGGCGGAACGGGGGCAGCCGGUGGUCGCCCAGAUGCGCUCCACCUCG